AUGGCUGAUCAAACUUCCGAUGUUCAGGAGCCGGUCGAGGAUCUCGGAUUGCCGCCGGCGGACCUGGAAUUGGUGCUGCGCCUCUUGUCGGACCCUAGCCUAUUGCUUGAGCUGUCCAGUGAAGGACCGGAGAGUGAGCCUUGUUUACCCUCUCCCCCCAAAGAGAACCGAGGUGCUAUCUCGGUCAUUUCACGUCACCACCGUCAACCUGCUCGUCGAGUCCGCCUGCCGAUCAUUGAGCCUUUUGUUUACCAGGCUGGUGAUUGUGUAGAAAGCGAGCAAGAGUUUUGCAACGAGCAAAACAGUGACCUCUGGGAAGAACCCACCACUGACUCGAGUGUGCUCAUUUCUGAACUGCUGGGGCUUCUCGAGGGCGAAUCAGCGCUUUCUCGCAACCUCAUCCCUGCGAGUCCCUUGGAGGGUGCCGCCAACGCCGGGUGCACCAGCCCGCCGAGUCCCUCCAUUUACGCUAGCGGCCCUGGUGAGACAGACUCUUUCGUUGAGUGCUUGAGACUGUCUCUGGAGCAGUCGACCCACGGUUGCUCCCAAGCCAAGUCGUACGAGCGGCUUGUGCAAGACCUGCAGCUCUCCGUUUAUGGCAAGGUCGAUAUCGGAGAGCCGCGUGAAACCAGUGGGAACUCCGACAGCCGGGUAGUUCACCAGAGCCUUUCCGAGAGUGGCCCCGACGAAACCACCUUUCUCUCACGGCCCAACACCUUCACCCUCACUCAAACCUCGCUUGCACCUUCGUCCCCCCCCCCUCUGCCAUCUCCCAAAGUCCGCCGCAAGUCCCUGCCGGGAUUUGCAUCCAAGUUUAGAUUACCCUCUCUCCAGACUCUGAAGAGCUGGCGAGCUAAGGUUAAUCUUUAG